AUCUUUUUUGUAUGGUGGGGACCAGAACUACAGUAUUCCAACGCACUAGAAGAGAUAAGUCUCACUGCAGACAUUUGAAGUAGCAUUUCAGGCCACCAAAAGAGAAAGAAGACAUGUCAUUUCGAGGGAGAGGUGGAAAUAAUCGUGGUGGAUUCAGCCGUGGUCGCGGUGGUGGUUUCAAUAGAGGAGGAAGAGGUGGUGGAAGAGGCGGAUUUGGACGUGGAGGAGGACGUGGUGGCUUUAAUAGAGGCGGUUAUGACCAAGGACCUCCAGAAAGUGUAGUUAUUCUUGGAGAAUUUAUGCAUCCUUGUGAAGAUGAUAUUGUUUGUAAAUGUGUCACUGACGAAAACAGAGUACCUUAUUUCAAUGCACCAGUUUAUUUAGAAAACAAAGAACAGAUUGGGAAAGUGGAUGAAAUAUUUGGACAACUUAGAGACUUUUACUUUUCAGUUAAACUGUCAGAAAACAUGAGAGCUUCAUCUUUCAAAAAACUACAAAAGUUUUAUAUCGAUCCAGCAAAAUUGCUUCCUCUGCAGAGGUUUUUGCCAAGGCCUCCUGGUGAGAAAGGAGCCCCAAGAGGUGGGCGAGGUGGAAGAGGAGGGCGAGGUGGGCGAGGCGGAGGUGGUAGAGGUUUUGGAGGUGGUAGAGGUUUUGGAGGUGGUAGAGGUUUUGGAGGUGGUGGAGGCUUCAGAGGAGGACGAGGUAGAGGUGGUGGCCGAGGAUUUAGGGGAAGAGGAUACUGAGUGGAGUUGCUGGAAACAUGAAGUUUAUGGCUUGCUUCAUCCGUGAAAUUUAAAGAGAAGACUCCUUACGAACUUGAAUGCUACAAAAUGGCAAUGAUUUUAAACGUACAAUAGCUGAAGGAGUAAAGUGUUUCCAUGCCAAAAGUUUAUAGGUUUCGUUUAAUAUGCAACAGUUUUAAGAAGAACUACAGAUAUCUGACUUGCAAUCUGUAUCAUUAUUUGGAGACAUUGUGGAAAGUUAUUCUUAAGCUUUUUUAAAAGGACUAUUUUUAAUGUCAAGAAUUUAUCCCCUUAUAUCAUCAGUGAAACUAAAUAAUAACUUGAAAAAGUAUCUACUUAAAAAUGUCAAAUAAAAAAUCUU